AUGAGUUUUUCACCCCCCUCCCCCUUCAAUAUCACCACCCCCUUUGCCUUCCCUCCCAAUUUGUUGCCAACUGAUUCCAGUCCAAAAUGGAUGAACAAGGCCGACAAUGCAUGGCAGUUGAUGGCUGCCACGCUUGUCGGGCUUCAAAGUGUCCCCGGACUGAUCAUCUUGUACGGUGGAGCCGUCAAGAAAAAGUGGGCCGUGAACUCUGCGUUUAUGGCGCUCUAUGCUUUCGCUAUGGUUCUCGUUUGUUGGGUUUGCUGGGGUUAUCAACUUUCAUUUGGGGAUCAACUUGUCCCUAUAUGGGGAAAGAUCGAUGUCGCCCUUGAGCAAAAGUUCCUUCUUGAGCCGGCGUUUCUGGGAUUGUUUCCGAACGCCACCAUGGUCUUUUUUCAAUUUGUUUUUGCCGCCAUUACUUUGAUUUUGAUUGCUGGAGCGGUUUUGGGACGGAUGAACUUUUACGCGUGGAUGUUGUUCGUUCCGCUUUGGCUAACCUUUUCGUACACAGUUGGCGCAUUCACGAUUUGGUCUACGGAUGGUUGGUUAACUAAAAUGGGCAUAAUUGACUAUUCGGGUGGUUAUGUGAUCCAUCUUUCUUCAGGAGUUGCCGGUUUCACUGCUGCUUAUUGGGUUGGUCCAAGAUUGACGAAGGAUAGGGAAAGAUUUCCUCCAAAUAACAUUAUACUUAUGUUAGCCGGUGCAGGCCUCCUAUGGAUGGGCUGGACCGGGUUCAAUGGGGGUGACCCUUAUGCCGCUAGCGUAGAUGCUUCCUUAGCCGUCUUGAACACCCACGUUUGUGCUGCCACCAGCCUCUUGACCUGGCUUAUUCUUGACGUAGUUUUCUUCAAGAAAGCUUCAGUGAUCGGUGCCGUUCAAGGCAUGAUCACGGGUCUAGUUUGCAUCACCCCAGCGGCAGGCGUAGUGCAAGGGUACUCAGCAAUACUCAUGGGACUUUUCUCGGGGUCGAUCCCAUGGUUCACCAUGAUGGUGGUGCACAAAAAAUCGAAGCUCCUUCAGAAAGUUGACGACACGAUGGCCGUGCUACACACGCACGCAAUAGCCGGAACCCUAGGAGGCCUCCUCACCGGCCUCUUUUCCGAGCCACAUUUGUGUGAAUUGUUCUACGGAAGUCCUGGAAAAUACAUGGGUUUAUUUGUAGGGUUGCACCGUGGGACCUCGCAAAGCGUCAGUCACGGAUUCAGACAGAUGGGUGUUCAAAUAACUGGGAUUUUAUUCGUCAUCGUUCUUAACAUCGUGAUGACAAGCUUAGUGUGUUUAUUCGUGCAACUAAUCGUGCCAUUGCGGAUGUCCGAUGAGGAUAUGGAAGUCGGAGAUGAAGCCGCUCAUGGUGAAGAGGCGUAUGCAAUUUGGGGUCAAGGGGAAAGGCUUGAGAACUCAAGGUUCUCGAAUUAUAACGAUAUCGAGGUCCCGAGCAAGGGUCCUGGUUCGAUUGAAUUGGCAUAA